AUGGCACUAAGCGACGAUCUCCACCAUAAGCUAGACGCCCUAUACGCGCACUGGCAAGCCCUCACCCCGGACUCGCCCGAAGACGACUUCGCCGCAUUCGCGUCCUUCUUCGACGAGAACUGCACCGCCUGGCUCCUCAGCAUGCGCGAUUUCGACACGCCCAGCAUCGGCCGCGCAGGUGUCAUCACCGGCAUCAAGGCGGCGCUGAAGGACUCGCAGAUACGGGAGCGUCGCGUUAUCGAUCGCUCGUCCACCGGGCGCAAGGUCUUCUGUGAGACGUCUAAUGUCUUGACUGUGUACGGCAAGAUCGUGGAUCCGUUCCCGGAGACGACGGUGGCGGUUUUUGGGGAGGGCGGUUUGGUGCUGGAUUUCAAGAUUUAUUCUUGUCGGAGUAAGGUUGUGGCGCUAGUGCAGGAUGCUACGGGCGCGGGGCCGUAUAAGCGGGCUGAGGUUGAGGUGGCGUGUCACUGUGAAUGA